GCCAUCGCUGACAGUUGACACUUCUUGGUUGUUUUGUUUUAAAUUUUACCGGACUUUCAUACGAAACUUUGCUUAAAAAAUAAUUAUAUAGUUAAAAUAAUUCAUUUAAAAUGAUUAAAACUACACCGUGGACUGGUGGUAUUGAGGAGGAGUAUGAAACGCAACAUUUUGGUUUCGGAGCCCAAAGGCUUAAAAUAUCUGUACGCCAAAUGGUUGAACAAAAAAUUCAAACUGGUGUUAAAGAUAUGGAAUCAUAUCUUCAAGAAUCAUUGGAUUUGAAUGACAAAGAUAAAAUGACACUAACCCAUUCAUGUGAUAAACUUAUUCGCUUGUACUGUGAGAGGGCUGGACCAUCUCUGGAUAUAAUCGAUGAGGAAAUUGAAAGGAUAGUUAAAAUACCUCAUAAUGUAUUGCUACCUGAAGAUGAAGUACAAUUAGAGGAGAUAUCUGAUGAAGACUAUGAAAAGUUACGUGAAGAGGUCGUUUCUUUAAGGAGGAGAGUCGAAAGAGGCGCUUUAAUGGAAGCAUUAUUGACUGCUGAAGAAGAGGAACUGUCAUCAGUUGAAAAGGUAUGCGAAAUAGCUAAAAAGGACAUGGAAGUAUUAGAUUUGUUGCAAAAAAAUUUAGAAAGCAGUGACAGUGUGAAAUCUAUUCAAAGUGAAGUUCAGUUUGUUUGUGCUAGUGUACCUUUUAUAAAUAAAAAUGAACAGCUUGAUAUAUUUGAUGAAUAGCAUCAUAUAACAACACACUAUUAUAAUAAGUAAAAAAACAGCAUUACAUAUAACUCACUACUUAACAUG